CCUUACCUAUAAACGGUGUGGCCGCCCAGGGGCCCGGCCUCAGUGGGGUGUCGGGGGGCCGGUUGGCCGGAGGCGGUGGAGGAGGAGGAGGAAGCAGAGCCCCAGCAAUUGGAUUGGUGUAGCAGCUCAGGAUGAUGGACCAUGCUCGAUCAGCUCUCUCCAAUUUGUUUGGCGGAGAGCCACUGUCAUACACCCGUUUCAGCCUGGCUCGGCAAGUGGAUGGAGACAGCAGUCAUGUGGAAAUGAAACUGGCUGCAGAUGAGGAAGAUGGGGUAGAAAACAGCUCAGGUGACAGGACUACCCGUGGUGUAAAACGGAGAAACGUUCUUGGAAACAUCUGCUUCGGAAUCAUUGCUAUUGCUAUCUUCUUCUUGAUUGGGUUUAUGAUUGGCUACCUGAGCUUCUGCAAGCAAGUGGACCCAAAUGGUAGCUGUACAAGUUAUUCUGGUGAAGAAUCAGAGAAAACCCCAUCAGAUACUUCAGCAGAGCUUCCCUACGAAGAACCAGGCUUGGAAUAUUCACCUAGGUUAUACUGGGGUGACCUGAAAGAGAUACUGUCAAAGAAAUUGAAUGUUCAGCCCUUUCUCAACACCCUUACAGAAAUCUCUCUCAAGUAUCCUUCACGUGAAGCCGGCUCUCAAGGUGAUGAAAAUCUUGGGCACUUUAUUCGUAGUGAGUUCAUCAAAUUUAAACUGGAUAAAGUCUGGAGCGAUGAACACUAUGUUAAAGUACAAGUUAAAGGCAGUGGGGCUCAGAACUUGGUAGCAUUUGUGAAUGCUAAUGGAAAGAAUCAAGAAUUGCUAGAGGAACCUGAAGGUUAUGUGGCCUACAGUGCCAAUACAACAGCUGUCGGUAAACCAGUUUAUGCCAAUUAUGGAUCUAAAAGUGACUUUGCAAUUUUGAAGGAGAGAAAUAUUGCCAUCAAUGGAUCAAUAGUUAUUGUCAGAGCUGGGACCAUCACUUUUGCCGAGAAGGUUGCUAAUGCCGAGAGCUUCAAAGCAGCUGGUGUUCUGAUAUAUCUAGACCGCAAAGAUUUUGCACUUGUUGAAGCUAAAGCAGCAGUCUUUGGACAUGCACACCUAGGAACAGGAGACCCUUUCACACCUGGCUUUCCUUCUUUCAACCAUACUCAGUUUCCUCCAUCCAAAUCCUCAGGACUACCUAAUAUUCCUGCCCAAACAAUCUCCAGGAGUGCUGCAGAAACACUAAUGAGACAAAUGGAUGGAGAACAGUGUCCUCAACAGUGGGAAGGUGGUCCCACAUGUAAAAUUAACUCACUAAAGGACAAUUUGGUGAAACUUGUGGUUAACAACAUGAUGGUGGAAAAGAAAAUCAAUAAUAUCUUUGGCGUUGUCAAGGGUUUGGAUGAACCAGAUCGUUAUGUUGUGGUAGGUGCUCAGAGGGAUGCCUGGGGGCCUGGAAUUGCCAAGUCUGGUGUGGGAACAUCCCUCCUGCUGAAUCUUGCCCGCACCUACUCUGAUAUGGUCCUAACAGGAGGCUAUAAACCUAGAAGAAGCGUUGUCUUUGCCAGCUGGAGUGCUGGAGAGUUUGGAUCUGUUGGUGCCACUGAAUGGCUAGAGGGUUACCUUUCUACACUUCACUUGAAGGCCUUCACGUACAUCAACCUGGAUUCUGCUGUAGUUGGUGAUGGAAAUUUCAAAGUUUCUGCCAGUCCUAUGUUGUACACUCUGCUUGAGAAGACUAUGCAAGAGGUAAAAUAUCCCAGUGGAUCUUCUCUCUUCAGAGACACCGACUGGGUAAAGGAUGUUGAGCCACUUUCUUUGGAUAAUGCUGCAUUUCCUUUCAUCGCAUAUUCUGGAAUCCCUGCUGUUUCAUUCUCUUUCUGUGGGGAUAAAAAAUACCCAUAUUUGGGCACUCAACUGGAUACUCUCGAUAAUUUGAAGUCAUUCCCCAAUCUGAACAGCUUGAUGCGAGCAGCUGCAGAAGUAGCUGGUCAGAUGAUGAUCAGGCUCACCCAUGACCAUGAAUUGUACCUGGAUUAUGUGAGAUACAACCAAGAGCUGCUUAAAUUCAUCAAGGCGUUUUCUCCAUUCCAACAGGAAAUCAAGGCCCUGGGUCUGAGUUUACAGUGGCUGUACUCUGCUCGUGGUGACUUCGUUAGGGCGACUACUGCCCUGACCACUGACUUCCAGAAUGCUGAGAGUGAAAACAAGUUCAUUACCCGAUUGAUCAAUGACCGCAUCAUGAAAGUGGAAUACUACUUUCUCUCCCCCUAUGUCUCGCCCAAGGAAACUCCCUUCCGUCAUAUCUUCUGGGGCUCGGGCUCUCAUACUCUGUCAGCUCUGAUAGAACAUCUGGAUCUUCUGAAGAAAAAAGAUGACGCCUUCAAUGAAACCCUGUUCAGAAACCAACUGGCCCUCGCUACCUGGACUAUCCAGGGGGUGGCUAACGCUCUAGCCGGUGAUAUUUGGGACAUAGAUAAUGAGUUUUAGUUGAGAUGCGGACUCCUGCGCUAAAAACAGGAACAGGGCAGCUCAGCCCCCAACCACUUUACUUUUUUUUUUUUUUUUGAGCUGAAACACUUUUUCCAGUAGAGCUGCAAAAGAUUGAUAACUGACUUCUGCCCAUCUUGGUACAAGAAUGUUGCAAGGCAGCUGCUGCUCCUAGCACAGUGCAGAUGCAUACAAUGCAGGUAAUUGUACUUCUGGUUUAAUACUGGUAUUCUUGCUAUACUGAACUCAAAUCAAAUCACUUGGAAAAAUCUGUAAGGUUAUCCUCUCCUGGUCAGCCUGAAGGAUCAAAAGUUACCUCUUUCCUGUUACACUUGAGCAGAGUCUUACAAAUUUAAGACCUGUGACUUUCUCAGACUUGAGGGCCAGGGUUAACUGUGAUCUCUGAAGGGUGAAUGGGGAUAAAAGAUGGCCAUACCGGGGGAACAAAGUGUUGGCCUGUGUCCUGCUCUUUCCCUCUUCAGUUGCCAUUAAGCAGAAUACUGGGUUACCAAACGUGAACCUCAAUGACAGAUGUUUAACUCUUCUGAACAGACAGUUUUGUCUCAGCUAUGGAAGAGAAAAGCAAGUUUAACUCCGGAAGGAAAACCGUGGCUUUUCUUCCUGCCAACAAGGUCUGAAAUAAUAGGUGACCCUCAGCUGGUAUAUUAACUUGAAAACCCCACAUGAUGGUAACCUCCAUUGUGUGAGGUAAAAGUUUCUUAAAAAGGUCAUUAAAAGAUCAGAAGCCAGACUUUUUUUUUUUGCCUUAAUUUCUAGUCUUCCCUUCUCUUUCUCUCCCCUUCCCCACCCCUCAACAAAGAGACUUGGCUUAAGAGGAAGAAAUCCUCAGGACCACACCAGUUUUCUAUCCACCUUAUUUCAGAUCCUGUUGCUCAGCUUGUCAAAUCCCUAAAAUACAUGCUUGCCAAACUUUGGCCAAAAUGUUAAAACCUCAUGAGGAAAAUGUUUCCAUCAUUUGGCACUGAGAUAUUUAUUUUGUUUAUUUAUUUAUCAGUGACAGAGUUCACUAUAAAUGGUGUUUCAUUUUUUUAUAGAAGAUAAUUAUCGGAAGCAGUGCCUUCCAUAAUUAUGACAGUUAUACUGUCGUUUUUUUAAUAAAAGCAGCAUCUGCUAUUAAAAGCGAACGGAUACUGGAAGUCUUGCAUCGAGUCUCAAUUUACGGGUCAGCGGUGUCAAAGGAAUGAGAUUGGCCAAGCACAGAAUUUUUUUAGUUCGUAAUUCCAGCUUCUUAGAGGAGCAAAAAGUCAAGUAAUGAGAUCGGGAGGCGGCUCCUUAUAACAACUGAAGAUGCUCACUUUCCCCCCCACUGGUGCUGUGUUGAGCACAGCCAGAUGUGAACCCCGGUUUGCCCACAGAGCAUUGAGUGGGGUGAAACCACGGGCACGGCUAUCACUUGACACUGGAAUCGCGCGUGCGAGGCCUUAACUUGUAGACCGAUUCAGGCUAUUUCGGAUCGGUGCAAAGCUUCCAGUACCUAUGUCACGAACCUAACUCACAUUAUCGGGAGCAGUGUCUUCCAUAAUGGAUAAAGAACAAGGUAGCUUUUGCCUACCAAGGUGUUUAUAUCGGAGGCAGUGAUCUCCAUAUGUCACACUAAGGGUGUACGUAAUUAUCGGGAACAGUGUUUCCCAUAAUUUUCUUCAUGCAAUGACAUCUGCAAGGCUUGAAGAUGUUAGUAUCUAACAUGUAUUCUCGGCUUCCUGCGAUUGUCUCUCCGCCCUCUAGUCUCUUGCAGAAGCAUGCUUUUGUAAUCUGCACUCCUUGUGGGCAAGUACUCAACCAUUGUAAAACUAAAACUGUUUCAGAAUUGCUGGGGUUUUUUUUUUUUGUUUUUUUUUUACUUAAUGUGGGUGGGUUUUGUUUUCUUUGCACUUGCGUCGCUGUGACUUCUUUAGAUGUUACGUUGAUCCUGGGAUAGGUAGGACUACACUUAUAACGUAAGCUGUUGAUGAACAAUCUUGCUCCAAUACUUCCCUUUGCACUCGAGUAUGUUCCUAGUUAAAGUGGUUCAGAUGUGUCAAAACUCAGUACUAGCUCCGCAGUGGGGAGGGGACGAGAGAGGCUCACUGCUUCUCUCAAACACGCAGUGAUUGCGCUUGAGUGGACAUCCGAGUCGGCCAAGCUGAUCUCUGACCCUGGGCCUCUGUUCUCUUGGUGAGCCACUGUUCGAAAGCGACCCUGGCAGAAUUGAUCCCUACUCUCCCCUGCAAAGUGACGGAAUCCAAGUCUAACUCUUGAUUAUGAAAACUGUCUGAAUCCAGAAACUACUAACCGCCCCUGCCUCCAAUUAGUGCCUCCCCGCUGUUGGAUCUUGGAACACAGGGGACUCGACUCUAAAGUUGGGUGGUGGGCAUCCGAAGGCCCUUGUGGUGCUUACGACAAAGGGCUGCCAUUUCAUCCUCUAGACUAGCGAGCAGCCCUUGUUCUAGCUUCCAAGUAGCAGUAGGCGUAUUUCCACCCCCCUCAUAGGUUUGACCUGCUCUCUAGGGACCAGCUGCAGAUUGAAAUGAGACAGACUUGCAUGUUGCUGGGUGUAACCCUGUGUAGACUUAAUCUCAUCAGGUAGUGAUUGGACUUGACUUAUUUCUUGCAUUAUGACAAACUGUUACUCAAGCUUUAGCCUUUCUGACCACAAGGUCCUAGUAUCAGUUGGAGGGCCCUGUUCUCAGCCUCAAGUAUCUCGUGCCUAUCUCUAAGCAUGAAUAUUGGUAUCCUCUGCUCAUCUCCUGAAUGUUCCUACCUUUUUAAUGCUUAUCCCGUGAAUGUAUCUGCUCUCCAACUUUCGGUGUGUGAUGGUGGGUAUCGCGUAGUAUUCGGCUGUAUCUCUGGAGCACAUAUCCUUGUUCUUGUACCAGUCACUGGCAGGUACGUGUGGAACUUCAAAGUUCCUCCUUAACCUGUCGUCUGAUCAAAUAAAAUGCUUGAAAACAA